CACAUCUACGCGAUGAGUUUGAGUAAACUUUUUGCUGGUAGGAAGAGGAAUAGUUCAGUAUGGAAAUGGUUUAAAUACGAUGCGUCAUCCGACAAAUCAGUAUGUUUAGUUUUACUUGAUGGUAAAAAAGUAUGCAAUACAAAGUUGUGUGGAAAGAACCCAACAAAUCUUAAACUACAUUUAGCAAGAAACCAUAAGUCUGUACACGUUGAGCUGGAAGAGUCGGAAUUAAAGAAAUUAAGUGAAAAAAAGCAAACAGGGAUAAAGAGAAAAGCAGUGGAUGAAAAUGGACCCACUCUUUUAGAAUCGUCCUCAAAUCAGAACCAGACCUUGAUUCAAUGCAUUAAUUGUAGGAAUAUCGCAUGGCCUAUUAAUUCACACGAGCAUAAAAUUCGACUAAACUCUCUUAUUCAAAUGAUAAUUGCAACAUGUAAUCCAGUGACAUUGGUGGAUAAUGCGAGUUUUAGAAAGUUAGUUAAUACCUUGGAUUGUAAAUUUUCAUUGCCUGCUUCUGCCAAAAUUACUAGCCUACUUAAUGAAGAAUUUACUGUUUUAACGAGAAAACUUCGUGACUUCAUAUCUGAAGGCAGGCGCUUCACAAUAUGCCUUGAUGGCUGGACUAAAAAAGGUCUUACUGCGUCCUUUUUAGGAAUUUCGGUUUGUUUUUUUCACUUCAAAUCCGAAAAACCAAUACAUGCUCUGCUUAAUUUGUAUCUUGUGAAACAUCCACAUACAGGUGAACAAAUUGCUAAUUGUUUUGAAAAAUGCCUAAAAUAUUGGAAUAUUUCCAGAGAUAAAAUAUUGCUUGUUAUUUCGGACAAUGGAGCAAACAUGGUCAAAGGCAUAAAGUUGUCGAGAAUGAAAGCUCAAGCUGAACGUGAUAUACUUAUUGAAUAAGAAAGUGAGGUUAAUGAAGAGCAGAUAACAGAUCUGGAAGACGAUGAGAAUAUGACAAAUAGUGAAGAGUGGGAACAUGUUGACUUGAUAGUUGAUGUAAUAGAAAACGUAGCAUUUAGAAGAUUGGGAUGCAUUGCACAUGUUAUACAGCUAGUUGUAAAACUUGCAUAUGAUGGUAAAUAUCAUGGCUUACUUUUAAAGGUACGUGGAUUAGUGGGAAAAGUUCGCAAAUCUUCUGUUGCAUUGGAAAAAAUUAUCAACAAAUGUGGUAAGACUGUGAUCAGCGACUGUUCUACAAGAUGGAACAGCACUUACUUUAUG